AAACGCACAGCAACCCCACAAGUUCUUAUACUACCUACUCCGUACUAUACAUUGUAUUGCAUUGCAUUCCGGACCAGGAUCAAAGAGGACAGACAUUGAACACUUUGUACAAAAGGCUCUUCAUACCCACCUUUUGGUCGCCUCUUCUCUUUCAUCCUUACACCAACCAACAACAACAAGAGCAACAACACAUUCCAUAAUCGGAGUCGUCUUUGAACAAGAAUAGUCAUCGCAACCCACUUGAUCACACACAAAAGGACCACCUUCGGCGCAAACUCGAACGCCUUGCCAUCGCAAGGGCUCUUGGUCUCUACCUCACCACCACAACUGCGUACGACGCGCACUUUCAUCCGCCGCCGCAAAUCAGACACAAUGUGCACCACCAACGUCUACACCUACGUCUACUCAGACGGCCACAAGAAAGAGUCCCUCCAGCCUGUCUUGUGCUCAGCAUCACGGCAGGGCAAGGUCUGCUCCAACAACGUCGUCUUCCAGCACCCCAACCAGUACAUCCAGCACUCCGAGGCAGCAUUUGGCACUUCGCCCAGCUCUCCCUUCGUCAGCCAGUUCCCGCCUACGCCUACCUACAGCCCCCGAUCCGGCACACCAAACUACCGCUCCGGCGACGAGUCCGACCGAUCGCGCCGCAGCACCUCGAGCUCACGGCGGCGCUCUGCCAGCCUUUACAUCAACGGACAGAAGGUCUAUGACAUGGGCCGCGAUGGACGGCGCGAGCGCAUCGUUCUAGUUGAAGCUCCGCCCAGCCCACAUACUCCUCCUACCGCCUUCAACUUCCCAAGCGCACCGGCUUCGCCCAAUGCCUCUGCCUCUCCCUCUGUCUACGGUUCUUCCCCUCGCGACUCUGGCUCUAGCUUCUCCCGCCGGCCCAUCAUUGUUGAUGGCCGCAUUCCUCGAGAUGAGCGGGUCGAGCGAGUUGAGCGGACUGAGCGACCUCGCGUUCAGGUUGAGGUAGUCGACGCAGUCCCUCCAGCAGCCCGUACUUCCAAGCAUGAUCGCCACUCUUCCACCAGCUCUCGCGACAGCCACGGACGGAGCAGCGCCGAUGAUGAGGAGACUAUUCGACGCCGGCGCGAGCGGGAGGAGCGACGGGCCGAGAAGCAGCGGGACGAGGAAGAGGAGCGACAGCGCCGCAUUCGUCUCCGCAUCGCAAAGGCCAACGCCGAGAUCAACAAGCGCCCACCCGUGCCGAUGCCUCCCGCCCCAAUUCGCGCCUCCUCCUUCAAGACUACCGUGGUUGGCGAUGACGAUGCCAACGUCAAGAAGCUGACGGAUAGUGUCAGGCGCAUGAGCUUCGAGGAGGAGCGUCGCGAGGAGAAGGCCCGCGACAUUGCCCGCAAGCAGGACCAGCGCGAGGAGGACGAGGCACAGCGCCAGCGUCUGGCUGAGCGCAUCCGGCCACGACGCCGGUCCACUAUCGGAUCGAGCGGCCGUCGCCACCGCGUGCUCUACGAUGAUGGCGGCUAUCGCUGGGAGUAAAGAGAGUUGUGCAUGAUCUUUCUCCUAGCGUCAUCAUCUGUUCUGCCAUAUCUUUUCCUUUGUCUCUGUCUUUGCAUUGACACACAUCCUUUCCUUUCCUCUUACUCCUUCUUUUCCUUUGUAUUGAUACGAACUACUUCUUGCAUGACUUGAGCAUAUUCCCUGUAUUAUUUGGAGGUGGAAAAAAAAAAGCUAUCUUUUUGACAGCACCUUUUCAAAAGGAAAAAAACAAAACUACAAAAACAAAAGGGAUUUGGAAUGGCAACAGAACAGAUGUGUUUGGCAUUUGGAUUUUUUAUUUUUACAAGCAAGCGAUGAUUUUUAUUUCCUUUUGGAAACUUUUUCUUGUAUACUAUGAGUUUUAUGAUACCUAUAUAAUACCCGGUAAUGAAUAUCAGUGGAGUUUUUUUUUUCUUCUUGGAGAAAUAUACGAGAACAUGCAACUGCGCACUUUUUCCUCCUGCUCGUCUUCUUGUCUGCACACCCCUUCAUUUACAUACUACAUUUGACGGGCCAAGGGCUGCAUGGUGACAGAAACAAGGUGGUCUGGACGCAAUCAGCAGCCUUUCAUUUCUCGGUGCCUUGGACACCCACAGUUGUCCUUUCAGUGUGAUGGAGCCCCCGAUUUUCUUCUUGGAUAUUUUCAUUAUCCUCUCGUAGUGAUCAACUAUCAACACUACUCUUCCUAGCAUAGAGAAAUACAAGAAUUAUUAGUCUGGCU